AGGGUUUGUCCACUCCACUCUCUCUCUCUCCUCUCUCUCCCCGACUAUAAAUAUCUCAUCUCCAUUCGCAAUUGGCCGACACGGAGAGAGAGAGAGAGAGAGAUUAGUUCGGAGGGUGGCGGCUCUCGUCCCUCACCUCCUCGGCCUCCCCCACGAGGUCAGCUUGGUGACUUGCUAAAAUGGCGGAAGAACUGCGCCCUCCUUCCGUCGUACAGAAGAUUCACGGCCAAUCAACCUUGUUCACUAAACUCUCUCCCUGUUCAGUAGCCCGCACAAAUCCUGGCAUCCACAGAGCCACUUACUUGAAUGGGAGCCUGCAGGGCCCUGUGCUGAGGUCAUACCAUGGCAUUAAUGGGCCUAUUGGGCUCUCAUCUAUCUCCACGCUUUCACCUGUCUUUGCUAAUGCUCCUUCAGAGAAGGGCCCCUAUGGGUUUCUGAUCGACUUUCUCAUGGGAGGUGUCUCUGCCGCCGUCUCCAAAACAGCUGCAGCUCCCAUUGAGCGUGUGAAGCUCCUAAUUCAGAACCAGGAUGAGAUGAUUAAGAGCGGUAGGCUCUCUGAGCCCUACAAGGGAAUUGGGGACUGCUUUGCCCGAACCAUGAAGGAUGAAGGCAUUCUUGCAUUGUGGAGAGGAAACACUGCAAACGUCAUUCGCUACUUCCCCACUCAGGCCCUGAACUUCGCUUUUAAAGACUACUUCAAGAGCCUUUUCAACUUCAAGAAGGAUAGAGACGGUUACUGGAAAUGGUUUGCCGGUAACUUGGCAUCUGGAGGUGCAGCUGGUGCUUCGUCUCUCCUCUUUGUGUACUCUUUGGACUACGCCCGUACCCGUUUGGCCAAUGAUGCCAAGGCCGCCAAGAAGGGCGGCGAGAGACAGUUCAACGGCCUCAUCGAUGUCUAUAAGAAGACCCUCAAGUCCGAUGGCCUUGCCGGUCUUUACCGUGGAUUCAACAUCUCGUGUGUUGGUAUUAUUGUUUACCGAGGGCUUUACUUCGGGAUGUACGAUUCUCUCAAGCCCGUGGUUCUGGUUGGUCCCUUGCAGGACAAUUUCUUCGCGAGUUUCCUUCUCGGAUGGGGCAUCACCAUCGGCGCCGGCCUUGCCUCCUAUCCCAUCGACACUGUUCGUAGGAGGAUGAUGAUGACAUCCGGUGAGGCGGUCAAAUACCGCAGCUCGCUGGAUGCCUUCCAACAGAUCAUCAAGAACGAGGGCGCGAAAUCCCUCUUCAAGGGCGCUGGCGCCAACAUUCUCCGUGCAGUCGCGGGUGCUGGUGUUCUCGCCGGGUACGAUAAGCUCCAGGUGAUCGUUUUCGGCAAGAAGUAUGGAUCUGGCGGCGGCGGCUAAGGGUAAUUAACACAGAUGAUGACGAUGAAGAACAUGGAUUUAGAUGCUUGCAUUUGCUUUUUUAAGUUCAUGCUUUUGAAUAAUUGACGACAAUGAACGCCUUUUUUGUUGCUGUAGCGCGCUUGCGGAGGUUUAUUACUAUUGAGUAUGAUUUAGUUGCGUUUUCAUCCUUCUCGGAGGAGGGGGAUUAUAAACUUUGUCUAAAGCACUGGGUUAUUUAAAUUUACUUUGAAAUACCUUUUAGACAUUUUGCUUCCUUUCUAAGGGGAAGCCGAAUUUUGUCUUUCUUAUGUCAAUUGUUUAGUCUCGAGCCGCAUCAUUUAAA